AUGUCGUCGAUAACAGUCUUCAAUGAUUUGCCUGAUCUUGUAUUGCUCGAAUUGUUUUCAUAUCUAUCGUCAACUGAUAUUCUCUGGGGAUGGGCUUUUCUCAACAAUCUUUUAACAUCAUUGAUAACUGAAUUAGGUUUCUUUUGUCAUGUUAACUUAUCUUCAGCGCAUCGUCAUCAAUUCGACACUAUUCUUCGUCGAAUUCCAUUAAACAAGAUUGAAUCUUUAAUUAUUGAUAUUGAUGCAUCACCACUUCAAUUAUCUCGAUGGCCACAUUUGCCUCGUUUGAUAACGUUAAAACUUAAAGGUACUGGCCGUUCCCUGGAUUUUGAAUAUCCAAUGUACAAGUUUUCGACACUAGUGACAGAUGUUCUUCUUCGUCAGUUGCCUGUUCUUCGUUUACUUGAUUUAGGCACAAACGCUCUUGUCUAUUCUCUACGAAAUUGGCAUGUUACUUCUGUGUCGAUCUCUCUUACUUAUCUACGUAUAAGCUUGGAUUCUUUAAAUGAUGUACUUCGUAUCUUGUCAACUCGAUCAUUAUCAGACACAUUGGAACAACUGCACCUCAGUGUAGAAGCUCAAGCUUCUUAUCCAUCAUUAGAUUCACUUACUCCAUUAUGUAUGAUGCAUUUACACACAUUUACUUUUGCUACACCAUUGUGUUCACAUUAUCACAAUGAAAAAUGGUCAUUUGUUGAAGAAAUUACUUCUUCGACUAUCAUGCCUGUGUUGCGACGGAUUAAUUUGGCGAUGAUCCUUAGUAUCGAUCAUUUAAUUCACUUAAAUCAAAUGUCUCUCUUUGUUGAUGAUCGCCAUGUCGAUGUUCAUUUCGCUUUUAGUGUCAAUGAUCGUGCCAAACAUGCACAACUCAGCGAGUAUAUUCCACACGAUGCUCGAUUUCAUAAACGACAAGUAGUUGGUGUGACAUUCAUCAACAACGUUCAAUUCGAAAACUUAGAAAUUGUGCCUAUUGACUUGGCUUAUGUAAGUUAA